AUGACGUGUGACUGUGACGGUGUGACAGAUGACUGUGGCUGUGACGUCCUGACUACGCCGUUCUGGGACUGUGGGACUGUUUCUGGGAUUGUGGGACUGUUUGUGGGACUGUUUCUGGGAGGAGACGAGGAAGACAGAGGGAGGAAGAAGAAGAGGAAGACAGAAGAAGAGAGGAGCGACAGACACCCAGGGGUUGGGGCUAUUUUCAAAGACUGUUACGUCAUUUUCUCUGAGUUCUGUGACACAAAUCUUCGCAAGGUCUUCCAACAGCUCAGUUUCGAAGACAAGGACUGCAUAAUCGCCCAAGUGUCUAAGGCAAUGGACGCCUACGGCCUGGGUGUGGUCUCCUGGGCCUGCCGGUUCCUCAUUCUGCCAAAGACAGGCAUGGAUUAUUUGGCCAUCAUGACCAGUAGGAACGACUUGGAAGAAACGGAAAGACAGUGGCUGCUCUCGUUGCUAAACCCAGACGGACCCAGCAGAUCUCAUGUCCGUGACGCCUUCUCUGCUCGGCAGUCAGCUCUGAGCAGCGUCAGUGAGGCAGAUCAGGAGAGCAAAUCACCCUCCAACUUCCCAGACAAGGAUGCCGAAUCACUUAGCAACAACCCACAUCAGGACAUCGAGUCACCUACCAACCGCCCAGAGCAGGACACCAAGUCACCUACCAACCGCCCAGAGCAGGACAUCGAGUCACCUACCAACCGCCCAGAGCAGGACAUCGAGCCACCUACCGACCGCCCAGAUCAGGCCACCGGGUCACCCGCUAACCGCCCAGACACAGACACCGUUUCCCCCACCAGCCAGGACACCGGUACUGAUCUAGCCGUUUCCUCUCUGGCUCAGUGGAUGCUUUCGUUGCUGAACCCAGUCCCACUCAUCAGAUCUUAUAUCCGUGACGCCCUCUCCGAUAGACAAUCACCUCAGGACGACGUCCGUGUGGUAGACCAGGAAACCAAGACACACACCCACGGCCCAGACAAGGACUUCAAAACACCCUCCAACCUCCCAGUCCCAGACCAGAAUGUCAUGUCACCCACCAACCUCCCAAACCAGGACAGCAAGUCUCCCACCAACCGCCCAGCCCCGCCUGUCGCUAGUGAGAAGAAUGUUCCAGAAGCCACAGUGGCAGUGACCUGUCACCCCAAGACGGAUCUGAGAGCUAAGCUGGCUAAGGAAAUGGACAAUGACGAUGGUGGUGAUGACGCCAAGAGCAAUUAUGAAGAUGUAAUCGAUGAUGACGACGCUGAAGAUGGUGGAUCAAAGGGCGGCAGCAACGAAAAAUGUUUCAAGAGCUUGUCUCAAUGAUGACAUGCACCAAAAGAAGUUUGAAACAACAAAUGGAGACAUCAAGUCUAUUGUGAACAUUAUAUUAUUAUUCUCAUAAUCUCAUUAUCUUCUAUAUUUUUCGCAUAGUUUUUCUCGGCCUUUUCUUUUCUAAAUACCAAUUGCUCGUUCCUGCUUAGAUGCAUUUUUAUCACCUCUCAAAGAUUGAAACGUUUGUGCGAAGCCGAUGGCGGGGUGCUUUUUAUUUUGCUUUGUUCUAAUAAACUCAUUAAAUUAUU